AUGGCCGACUCAUCGGCUUCGCAACCUCCCCCUCCAGCUGCUGCUGCUGCUGCUGCUCCUACUUCCGCCCCGGCUCCAGCUCCAGCUCCCGCAGCAUCGCAAGAUUCCUCUGCGACUGUCGUCCCCAAACAAGAACCAGAUACCGGUGACAACAACCUGGAUGCAUCUAUCGAACAAGACAUCGACCUAAACGCAAAUAACACCGCCAACAUGCCGAAUCAGAAUCCCGCUGGCAAUGACGCCGCCGCUGCGGCCGAAAACUCCAUCCCCGCGCCCACCUCCGUGGACGCUCUGGCGGCCGCCGCAGCGCCUGCCAAGAAAGAAACCAGCUUGCGGGAGUUCAUGGGCAAGAUGGAUGAAUAUGCGCCGAUUAUCCCCGAUGCUGUAACAGCCCACUACCUCACUCUCGCCGGUCUCCCGCCUCCGGGUAACGGCCCCAAUCAAACACCACCACACCUCGCCCGCCUCCUCGCUCUCGCAACCCAGAAAUUCAUUGCCGAUAUUGCCGCCGACUCGUAUCAGUACGCGCGCAUUCGCGCCUCCAACAGCUCUUCUGCCAGCAACCCCAUGGGCAGUUUGAACGCCGCCUCGGGGUUGAACAUGCCCGCCGGUGCUGCAGGUGUGGGGUCCGCUGGUGCUGCGACUGGCGUAUCAGGCGGCGAUGCAGGAAAGGGCAAAGCGGGCACGCACUUGGGAAUCCAGAGACCUGGGUUCGGAGGUGGUGGGUCGGGAGGUUCCGGACAGGGCCGGACGGUGCUUACGAUGGAGGAUUUGGGUAUGGCGGUGUCGGAGUAUGGGGUUAGUGUCAAGAGGGGGGAGUUUUAUCGGUGA